CUUUUUCCUCGCUGACCUGGACUUUUCCUCCUCCAUUUCUCUCCGGUACAUAUUCCACCUCCCGAACCCGACCCUGACCCGAUUCCGGCGUGUCAGAUCUCUCCGGGCGUGUGACCCAGUCCCGGAGUCAUCGCUUUCCUCCGGCCCUUUGUUUUUUUCUCAUCUCUGGGAGCUUUGAAAAGUUGCCGGGCAUGUCGGAUUCGAGUAAAGACCCGGGGAUAAAGCUGUUCGGCAAGACUAUCCAGCUGCCGGAUAUUCAGGCUCCGGCGACGGAGACUGGGGGCUCUUUCCGGGAUGAUGCCGAUGCGCCGGAAUCUUCGUGUGGUGAUGUCUCGGCUCGAGCCUUUUCGCGUUUGGGGAAUGAUCCGGCGGUGGGCGGCUGCGCCGGAGGAGAUGAACCGCUGCAAAAGGACCAACAUGGAGGCAAGCUAGAUGAUCAUAAGGCUGAUGGAGGAGCCCAAUCUUUGAUGGAAGAAGAGCUAACAGAUCAGAACGAAAAUGAAAUGGAGGUUGAUGGAUCAACGACAAUGAAAAAGCCAGUACCAUAUGAACAGGGAGAAACAAGUAAUUGUAGUUCACCAGAUAAGGCUCUGAAGAAACCGGACAAGAUACUCCCGUGCCCUCGCUGCAACAGCAUGGAAACCAAGUUCUGUUAUUUCAACAAUUACAAUGUGAACCAGCCUCGCCACUUCUGCAAGAACUGCCAGAGGUAUUGGACAGCUGGUGGAACAAUGAGGAACGUGCCCGUUGGAGCUGGUAGGAGGAAAAACAAGACUUCUGGACCCCACUACCGCCACGUCACCAUUGCAGAAUCCUUUCCUGGUGGUCGAGUUGACCAGAAACUUGCAAAUGGCAUCAGGCCACACAACAAUGGCACCCUCCUUACAUUUGGCUCAGAAUCGCCUCUCUGUGAAUCCAUGGCUUCAGGACUAAACAUCGCAGAGAAGAAAGGGACAAAGAAGAAGAGUCCAUUGAAUGGAGAGAAUGGAGAUGAUCAUUCGAGUGGAUCAUCGGUCACUGCUGCAGCCGAACUGCCCGACAGACCGAACUGCCCGAACCUCGUUCCUCAGAUGCCGUGCUUCCCAGGAGCCCCUUGGACUUACCCAUUGACUGCCGUUCAGUGGACCCCACCCGGUUACUGCACUCCCGGCUUCCCUACGCCAGCUUACCCUGCCCCACCUUAUUGGGGCUGUCCUGUACCCUUGGUUGGCCAACCUGUAGGGUCUCAAUACCACAUGCCAUCAUCUCUGGGGAAGCAUUCAAGGGAUGAAAACACUGCAAAACCGGUGGACAGCAAGGAAGAAGAGCCCAAGAAAGAAGGCGACCCGGAGAAGUGUCUGUGGGUCCCUAAGACCCUGAGAGUUGAUGACCCGGAAGACGCCGCAAAGAGCUCCAUCUGGGCUACUCUGGGAAUCAAGAACGAAAAAGUUGAUUUGGUGGGGGAAGGUGGCCUUUUCAAGGCCUUCCCCUUGAAAGAAGACGAAAAGACUGAUUCUUCAGAAAACUCAACUGUUUUACAAGCCAAUCCAGCUGCACUCUCCAGGUCUUUAAUCUUCUUCCACCAGAACGCACAUUAAUAAGGUGACAAGAAAAAGUUCUUACCUUUUAUCCAUGCCCCAAGUUUUUAGUUCUUUGUCAGAUAUGUCUGCUCUAAAUUUUGUUUCCACAGUUUUUAAUCUCUUUUUUUUUCUUCGAUAUUUAUUUUGGUGUCUAGAAAAGAUGUGUUUUUUUGGUAGGCAAUAGAUGUAUAUGU